AUGUCACUGUCAACAAAGUCGUCCGAAAAGCCCCCGAAGUUCACCACUCUUCUUGAACUGGUCCACGAUGCCAACAAAUUCAGACCACAGAGAGACAAUUGGACGUUCUGCUUGUAUACAUAUGGAAGAUAUGGCUCCCAAAGGUGGAGACCAUUCGGCGUCGUCUUGCCCGAAGUUGUGAAUUGGUUGAAACUGGCCGAUAUCAAAGACCUCAAGUUCUUCGAGCGCGAAAAGAGGAUUCAUCUUCUACCGCCGAUAUACAGCGGAACAAACAACCUGGAAGAAGCUUGGAAUGAGAUCCUGCAUAAGCUUGACGAAGCUGGCGAACAUGAACGUGCCAAGGGUGCAGAGGUACCCGAUUGGGUCAGCUUCAAGACGAAGUACACAUACACAAAACAUACCCCCGAGAACAAAGAGCUUUGGACGUUGAUUGGAGCCGGCAGAGGCUACGAGUAUGGUAUCUUGGUCGACCUGGUUCCGAUCUUUGGCGUGGCUACGUCUGGUGCACAUCUCAACGUUUACACCAACACUGAGGAGGGCGUCAAGGUCUACGUGUCAACUCGCCCCGAAGUACACCCCAAUUUCCCGGGCCUUCUCGACCAAAUCGUGGCUGGUGGCUUUACCCCAGAUCGUCACGGAACAAUCAAGGACUGUAUUUCACAGGAAAGCAAGCAAGAAGCAAAAGGCCUGCCAAAAGACUCAAACGCAAGGAUCAAGGGCUACCCUUGUAUUCAGUUCUUCGACAUCCGUGACGACAGAUGGGAAAAGGGUCAUGCUUCUUUGCCCGAGCCUGGCAUCAGAAAGCCGUAUGAUCUCGAAGUCACUCCGGACGAAGCUAUCGCAAUUAAGCCCAAAGAGGGACAGCAACGCUUCGAAUUGAUGACAAUCGAAGAAAUUGUUGCCACCCUCCGAAAUGGGGACUGGAAACCCAACUGCGCCUUGAUCAUGAUCGACUUCAUGAUUCGUCACAACUUGAUGCCGGAUCAAAAGGAGUCCGGAGAUGUCGAGGAAAUUAAGAGGUUGUUGAGACUCAAGGAUCAUUUCCAGGAGGAAGUGGAAAUUCCCGUCAUCGAGCUGGCCAGAAUCACCAAUCAACCACAUCAUCUGGAAGUCGACUAA